AUGAAAAAAAGCCAAUCUCUUGCAAGUCUGGAGGUACCUGCUGUAAGAUGUGCACCUCAAGUUCUUUCAACAAUCACUGCUACCUUUGCUCACUCUCCUCCAAAGCAAACAGAUGAAGGUCCGACUACCAUGUUUGAGACUGGUGGAUCCUCAUCCAUUCCAGAAUAUUCUCCAACUCAACCUUCACUAGAUGAAGCUUCUAUUAGAUUAGUAAAACAUUUGGCUCAAUCUAGUCCAACUUCCUCACAUGAGAAAGGAAUAUCAUUUAAGGAGGGUCGGACAGGUCAUGACAAAUUUUCUUUGCCUGAUCUUUGGGAGGAGAUUGGGAUUCUCCAUCAAGGGCUCAUCGAAAAUUCAAUUCAGAUGGAUCAGCUUUCUGCAUACAUCUUUGAGCUCAGGGCGAAGGAUGAAGAAAAUACCAAAAAAAUUAAUGAUCUACAAACGAGUCUUGGAUCUCCACAUGGAAUAGCUGAUCCUCCCACAGUUCAAUCACCUUCUGCAACUGAUGAUCUUCCUAUCAACUCACCUGCUCCAAGAUCAACUACAAUUGUCAACAGGUUUGAAAAAGAACCAGAAGGAAGCAGAGCCAAGAUCACAAUCAAACAGGGCAAAAGAAUCGUAACUGCAAAUCAAAGUGAAGGCCUUUUAUUCAUGAAAAAAUCUAAUGAAAAUCGCAAGGCAAAAGACCCUUUUUUUACUGUAACGGAUUUGAAGAAAAGAAAGUUCGGUGAUGAGUAUGGAGGAAGGUCCGAUAUCCAAAUUUGGGCCUUUGAUCCAGAGACGAAUUUGUGGGUUGUAAAGCGAAACUCAGGAGCAUCUGAAUGUUACAAAAGCACCCACGAUUUCAAAUCUUGGACCAAAACUGAUCUAGCUGAAUUAUUCAGGGCCCCAUUCCAUAAUCACUCUGAUAAUCCUAGUACCUCUAAUUUAAAAAGGUUUCUUGACAGACAGGUCAGAGAAAACUUUCCAUCAAUGAAGACUGCAAGAGCUCUAUAUAGAAAAGAUGAAGAAGUUCUUGAUCUAGAAUCAGGCGAACCCAUGAAGAUCAUACUUUGGCCUGUAACUAAGAAACAAAAGGAAAUUCCUAUUCCUCAACAUUUUCACGAGGGAUAUCCGGAUAAUAUGGAAUUUUGGGCCUAUGAUGACGAAACUGCAACUGCAGCUAUCAAAUUCAAGUAUCGAGAACACGUUCUGAGAUUGACUAGUGCCAAAGAUCUUCUUCGUUUCAUAGAAAGGGAUAUACGGACUUUGGCUCGUCAUCAAAUCAUUUGCAGAAAAGAUGUCAUGGAAGUUGCUGCUAAAGAAUUCACUGCAAUGGUGGCUACAAUCAUCAAUGGAAGAAUGUGGAUGGUCUCGAUGGGGAGAUCGAAUCUAAAGCUAUUUGAGAAGCCUUCUUAG